CUGAAGUGAGUCUGUGAGGUGUUCUGAGAAGGCCUCAAGUCUAAUCCUGCAACCACACAUCUGCUAAAGAAUAACCCCUGCACCCAGGGGGCAACAAAGAUUUCAUGCAGCUGUAAGCAAAGUAUCAUUCCAGGGACUUCCCUUUGUAGUGAACUUGGGCUGAUGAGAAGCUGCCGCCUGUAUGACUGGCAUCCAAUGUCCCUCUGUCACCUCCUCCAGCAUCUUCUCUGGAGUCACCUGUCUCCCAGCUACACAUUCUCCUUCAUCCUCUCCAAGAAGCAAGGAUCAGGCUGCCUGUCAGUGCUGCACUGAUGAACAAGACAAGUAACUGGUUUUCCUGCUAGGUGUAUGAGAACUGACAUCCAGCAUUGUGGAUCUUAUGAGGAUGUAACUUUGGGACUUGGAGCCUUGCAUAAGUGAUGAUGGGAGCCAAUAACUCAAGCAAAACCCCUGUGUGUGAUGACAAUGAGGAAGUAAACUUUAAUCAUUUUGAAAUUCUAAGAGCUAUUGGGAAAGGCAGCUUUGGAAAGGUCUGCAUUGUUCAGAAAAACGAUACAAAGAAAAUGUAUGCCAUGAAAUACAUGAACAAACAGAAAUGCGUGGAGCGCAACGAAGUGAGGAAUGUUUUUAAAGAACUGCAGAUCAUGCAAGGUCUGGAGCAUCCGUUUCUAGUCAACCUCUGGUAUUCCUUUCAAGAUGAAGAGGAUAUGUUUAUGGUUGUGGAUCUUCUCCUUGGUGGUGACCUUAGAUACCAUCUUCAGCAAAAUAUUCGUUUUAGUGAGGACUCGGUCAAGCUCUUCAUCUGUGAAAUUGCCAUGGCACUUGACUACUUGCAGAGUAAAAAUAUCAUUCAUAGGGAUAUCAAGCCAGAUAACAUACUGCUUGAUGAGCAAGGGCAUGCACACAUUACCGAUUUCAAUAUUGCUACCCUGGUAAAUCAAGGUACAAAGAUCACAACAGUUGCUGGUACAAAACCUUACAUGGCUCCAGAAAUGUUCUACCCAAGAGGUCAAAUCUGUUAUUCUUUUGGUGUUGACUGGUGGUCCUUAGGCGUUACGGCAUAUGAACUUCUAAGAGGCAGGAGACCAUUUCACAUUCACUCAAGUAGUGCAGCAACAGACAUAGUCCACGUGUUUCAUACAGCGACUGUUACUUAUCCUCCCGCCUGGUCAAAGGAAAUGGUGUCAUUGUUGUACAAGUUGUUAGACAGAAAUCCAGAGGAGCGUAUAUCGUGCCUGAUAGAUCUUCAGAACUUUUCUGGCUUAUCAGAUAUUAACUGGGAUGUUGUCCUACAGAAAAAAGUUAUACCACAAUUUACACCUACGAAAGGACGAUUAAACUGUGAUCCAACAUUUGAACUGGAAGAAAUGAUACUAGAAUCUAAACCUUUGCACAAGAAAAAGAAGAGGCUAGCCAAAAGAAUAAAGGACAAUGGCAAAAGUCGUGCAGCAAUGAAUGGCAAUUUGCAACAACAUUUGGAUACCGUGGAGAGAGAUUUCAUUAUUUUCAACAGAGAAAAAAGUAAACAAGACCUCAGUGAAACCCAAGAAAACAUGUCUGAGGCCCAAACCAAAGACGAAGAUGGAAAGAAUAACAAUCUAUAGUCUGUGAACUUCUUCUACAAUAGUAAUCCCAUCAUGAAUUAUGCUUUAUCUAAUGAAUAAAGAAGUAGCCUGUUCUGAAGAGAAGGUUACGUGAGACUUCGAAGGGUCACAGUAACUGCGAUCUCUAUUUCUUGCAGGCUGUAUAUUUAGGUGACAAUCUGCUCACUGAACCUAUAGCAUUGAAGCUAAACUUAAUUUAUUUACAUUGCAAGUAACUGCAUUGCUUUAAGGCAGGAUUCUUUUGCAUUUUGCACAAAAAAAAAUAUUUUAAGAAUUUUUUAUGUGCUAGGAAUAUUUUCUAGGCUAUUUUUAUUUAAAAAAAAAAUAAGUAGCAUAUAAACUUGGUUUACGCUUUUGUAAAGUUUUAUGGAGACAUAGAAACUAUACUGGACACUAAUAUGUUUUUGUUGAAAUGUCAAUGAGUUUUCAAUGAGAAUAUGCAGUGCAUUGAAAAUAUACUUAGACCUAGGCUCAGUCCCAAUGUAAAAUGCAUAUUCUUUUUUAUGUCUGAUCAUUAAAGGGGUAUUUCAUGAAAAAAAAAAAAAAUUCAUAUCAACUGGCUCCAGAAAGUUAAAGGGGUGCUAUGGUGGGAAUAUUUUUUUUAUAUCAACUGGUGCCAGACUUAAACAGAUUUGU